GAGGAGCUGCUGCUGCUGGCGCUGACACACAGACAGAGGCAGCCCGGAGCGACGGACAGCCCAUAAUAAACACAGCAGAUCUGCUGUAACCGACCUGAAUACAUGCAGUAAUGUGGACAAUACUGUUAAUAAAACAUGGUGACAAUAUAGACAAGCAGACUGACAUUCCUGACAGCAGUAAAACACCAUCAUCAUCAUCAUCAUCAUCAUCCAUCACAGAGAGCUGAUGGCCGGUAAGGUGAAGUGGGUGACGGACAUUGAGAAGUCUGUGCUGAUCAAUAACUUUGAGAAGAGAGGAUGGAUCCAGGUGACGGACAGCGAAGACUGGAACUUCUACUGGAUGAGCAUCCAGACCAUCCGCACGGUGUUCAGCGUGGACACGGGCUACCGGCUGACGGACGAUCAGAUGGUGAACCACUUCCCCAACCACUACGAGCUGACGCGCAAAGACCUGAUGAUCAAGAACAUCAAGCGCUACCGCCGAGAGCUGGAGAAGGAGAACAGCGCGCUCGCCGAGAAGGACGACAGCGGAAAAUACAUCUAUCUGGAUUUCGUGCCGGUGACGUUCAUGCUGCCGGCGGACUAUAACCUGUUCGUGGAGGAGUUCCGCAAGAGUCCGUCCAGCACCUGGAUCAUGAAGCCCUGCGGGAAAGCCCAGGGCAAAGGCAUCUUCCUCAUCAACAAGCUCUCGCAGAUCAAGAAGUGGUCCCGCGACAGCCGCACGUCCACGUUUGUGGCGGCGAACAGUGGGAAGGAGGCGUACGUGAUCUCGCUGUACAUCGACAACCCUCUGCUGAUCGGCGGGAAGAAGUUUGACCUGCGGCUCUACGUGCUGGUCACCACCUACCGGCCGCUCAAGUGCUACAUGUAUAAACUGGGCUUCUGCCGCUUCUGCACUGUCAAAUACACCCCCAGCACCAGCGAACUGGACAACAUGUUCGUGCACCUCACCAACGUGGCCAUCCAGAAGCACGGCGACGACUAUAAUCAUGUGCACGGGGGGAAGUGGACGGUCAGUAACCUGCGUCUGUAUCUGGAGAGCACGCGCGGACCCGACGUCACCAACCACCUGUUUGACCAGAUACACUGGAUCAUCGUGCAGUCGCUCAAAGCUGUGGCUCCUGUCAUGAACAACGACAAGCACUGCUUCGAGUGUUACGGCUAUGACAUCAUCAUCGACGACAGACUGAAGCCCUGGCUGAUCGAGGUGAACGCGUCUCCGUCUCUGACCUCCAGCACUGCUAAUGACCGCAUCCUGAAGUAUAACCUGAUCAACGACACGCUGAACAUCGUCACCCCGAACGCAGAGAUCCCCGACUGCCGCUGGAACCGCAGCCUGCCCAAAGAGGCCCUCGGCCACUACCAAGUGCUGUAUGAUGAGGAGCAGGCUCUGAGCGAGAGCACAGAGCGAGAUCUCCGCAGCCGCUCGGGUCACUCUUUGGGGUCAAAGAGCACGAGGCAGAGCGGGGUCAGACCUUUCCCAGCCACCUGGAAGUGAACACACACACACACACUCAUACACACACAUACAGAGAGACGCUGCUGCUCCUGCAUGACUGGAGGACACUGAUGAUCAGCUGUCUGGACUCUUCGUCUGUGUGUGUGUGUGCGUGUGUGUGUGUGUGUGUGUAUUUGAGAGAGGCGGUGCUGUGAUAUUGGUGCAGUAUACUGAUCAGGCGUGAUGGUAAACACCUGACAGCAGACAACAGCAGAGCCAGUGAAGUGUGAUGUACUGUACAGUAUCUUCCAUGAGGACUGCAGGAGUACCUGAGGUGUAGACACUUUCAGAAGCUGUAAAUAAGAGGAAUAAAGUCUCUAAGAGAG